UUUAUUUUUUUUGAAGAAAGAAUAGAAGGCCAAACCAAAAACCCUUCUUCCUUUAAACCCUAAUAAAAAACAAGUCUCUCUUUUUCUCUGAAGAAUAAGAAGGAGAAGAAGAUGGAUCAUAUAGCGGCAGCAGAAGAGCAAAUAAUCACAGAGAAAAUUAAGCAGAAGCUGAAUGAUGUCAAUUUGGCAGCACAGGCACAUCUAGCUCCCAUUCAAGACCAUGUCAAUUUCACCCUUCAGCAAGCCUACUUCAAAUGUGCACACGAAUGCUUUGAUAGAAGAAGAAAGCAAGAAGAGAUAAGUAAUUGUGUGGAGUAUUGCAGUGUUCCUGUCGUUUCUGCUCAACAGAGAGUUGAGAAUGAGAUGGCCAGGUUUCAAGAGAGGUUGAACAGAGCUUUGAUGGUGUGCCAAGACAAGUUUGAGACAGCCAAGUCACAACAAGUGAAAAGCAAUGCUCUUAAGGAUUUGGAGUCAUGUGUGGAGCAGACAACCCAGGAAAGUAUCAAAACGCUACCUUUUCUUGCUGAUAAAUUGAGAGCUUCAUUUUCGGGCAACAAGUGAGCCAUAGCAAUACAUUACAGCUUCUCUCUUUCAUUCUUUUUCUUUUGGGGCUGUACUGAUUGAUUUGGUGGUUCACUUCAUUCACUACAGAUAAUAAGAUUUGGUUGGUAAUUUAAAUUUAAUUAUGUGCCUCCCUCCCCCUUGUGAGCCCUCAUGAAGAUUAUAAAAAAUAGCUUUUUUGCUUAUCAAAUCAAAGCUACUUCCUUUGAAUUAGAAUAUACUUUGCUUGUUUUGUUUGUAACAAGUGAGGAACUUUCAUAAUCUAAUCUUAAUGAAUCUCAUUCUUAUAAAGAAUAGUUCUGUUA